GGGGUAAUUCAUUGAGUCCGUAGAAUCUAAUACUAAUAUUACAGCGCGGAACGUGAGGCGUCCGAGCUUACGCCCAUUGUUAAAGGAGCCUGGCUCCCUCCUCCCAACGAGAUACGUGUCAAUGGAGAGAGUGCGAGAUGUGUGCCGCGUUAGCAAAGGCUUUUCAGAAUGCUUUGAAGUCUGUAAGAAUUGAAUUAUGGAAUUGAAGGAAGAUAUUUAAAAACGCAGGCACUAUUGGCCAAUUCUGUAAAACAAAAAGGCAUUUCUGUUGAGCAGAAUAGACAUAGCAGUGUUGCUUGUCUGUUUUUUUCCAGUAUGCUAGAGUAAAAUCUAUGGAGGAAUGAGCUGUUGCAAUUUCUUUGCUCCUCUGAAUUCUGACAGUUGUGAUUGGCUGCAAGUGAAGCUCCUGUUCCCCGCCCCAGCCAAGACUAUCUGAGCGAGCUUUCAUUCUGAGCAAUACCGUACUCUAUGUGCACAGUGUACCUAGCAUGGAGACUUCCAAAAAGCCAGUUCUUUACACUUAUUUCAGAAGUUCCUGCUCCUGGAGAGUGUGAAUCGGACCCCCUCCAGUCAUCAACCAGUCCUACCCAGCUUUUGAUGGUGUAGUCAUUUUAAUUCUCAAUCUUCAUUCAUUUCAAUCACUGGAGUCAGAUGGCAAUGGGGAAAAGAGGGCAACGGGACAAAGUGUCACCUCAUCUAUGUUUUGCUAUAAGAAUAAGAUGGAAUAGCUAGAAUAAAAUGGAAUAAGAUCCCGUUCUGUACUUAAUGGCAUUGGCUCUUAAGGGAAUUACCUAUGAACAAGCAUCCAUAAAUCUUAUAAAGGAUGGAGGGCAGCAGAUGACUUCAGACUUUCAAGCAGUGAAUCCAAUGCAGCAAGUCCCUGCCAUCAAAAUCGAUGGCAUCAUUCUCUCCCAGUCUCUAGCCAUCAUAGAGUAUUUGGAGGACACCCGGCCACUCCCGAGGCUCCUUCCUCAAGAUCCAAAGAAGAGAGCUAUGAAUCUGGCUGUCCUGCAACAGAUGGGAGAGAAAAAGCAAGAUUGGGCCCAACGUAUCAUUUCUCAAGGCUUCAAAGCUUUGGAGCAGAUCCUGAAAGAAACAGCUGGCUGCUACUGUGUUCGGGAUGAGGUGACCAUGGCAGACCUUUGCUUGGUCCCCCAAGUAUACAAUGCUGAGAGAUUUAAAAUGGAUCUGACUCCAUACCUCACAAUAAGCAGAAUCAACAGAAUCCUAGAACUGGAAGCAUUUCAAAGCAGCCAUCCUUCCCGGCAGCCGGAUACACCUCCAGAAUUAAGAUCCUGAAGUUCUUCAACUCCUUGUUUUACUGUGAGGGAAAUUGAUCCAAAAUUAAAUGGGACUCUCCUUUUUAAGAUUUUUUGGAAAAAAAACUUGAGGUUUUCAUGAGGAAGAGUUUGGCAAAUCUAAGACUAGAAAAAGAAAAAGAAAAAAGACACUGCAAUUGUAGAGUACAUAGCUGGAGUAAAAUACAUUUUUAAUCAUG